AGCUCCGUGCGCUAGCUUCAAUUUUGUCGUAAGCCAAUCAAAAAAAAAAAUCAACUGAAAAUGUUCGUGUCGACAGUCUCUCGCAUUGCCCCCGUUGCCAGGAGCGCCCUCCUCGCCAACUCCAAGCAGUACUUGCGACCAUUGAGCAGCGCCGUCAUCAGCCAGAGCCAGACCUUGGCCGCUCAGAACACAACCCCAGUUGCAUUACUGCCACAAAUCAGGUCAUUCCAGACCUCGCCCGUCACCCGUGACAUUGAUUCGGCUGCCAAAUUCAUUGGUGCUGGUGCUGCAACAGUCGGUGUCGCUGGAUCCGGUGCUGGUAUCGGAACAGUAUUCGGUUCCCUCAUCAUUGGUUAUGCCAGGAAUCCAUCCUUGAAACAGCAGCUGUUCUCCUACGCCAUUCUGGGCUUUGCCCUGUCUGAGGCCAUGGGUCUGUUCUGUCUUAUGAUGGCUUUCCUGCUGCUCUUCGCCUUCUAAGCGCGCAUCGAACGAAUGCUCGUCCUUGUUUCCUGCAAUCGUGCGUGUGUGUGUGUGUGCGCUCGGCUGAGGGCAGACGCGGGCAUCCGAGCGGCGGCAGAGGGGAAGUAACCAACAACCAACCAACCAACAACAACACCAUCGUUCGUUUUUCGAUUAUUAAUGAUAAAAAUGAUUGAUUGAUUGAUAGCAACAAGAACAUCCUGUACAACUAUCUAAUUAUAAAAUAACAACCACAACCACAUAAUAUAUGUAAUUUUGUUUUUAAAAAACAUCCGAAACACCCGAAACGUAGUAAUCGCCUAAGGAGAAGAACAAAGAACACACUUUGAGUUAAGUUUAAAACGAUAUCAGCAGAGCGGAGCGGAGCGCUAAUAAACAAUUCUGGAAGAACA